GACACCCCCCAUAUCUAGAUGGAAUCAAAUACAAGAAAAUAAAGUGUUAUUCAUGCUUAUCUUCAAUUUCUAAAGACAUCAGAAACAAACUGAGCCUUAAUGAGUGAACUAUGUGAGGCUGCAGGGCCAUCUAGUGGUUAAAUUGUGCAAUUCCUGUUUUGAAGACAAAUCCAACAUGGCGGCUCCCGUGUUGACGUUUCCAGCUGAGGAACUGCUCAUGUGAAGGAGCUGCAAACCAUGAAGGAUUUCAGCCAUCAUGGAUGCCAAAGAAGUAAUCUACUGUGCUGUGCAGAUAGAGAGAUCCCUCACAGACGGGAGCUAUGGGACCAUCCUGACCCUGCUCGGUGACCUCGAUAAGUCUCAGGUCACGGCGGAGCAGCUGGAGACCACAGACAUUGUGAAAGUGCUCUACAGGCUCCUGAGAAGCUGCUCUGAUGACAGCGUGAAGCAGACCGCUAAAGGCCUGUUGUCUAAGUGGAAGAGACAGUACAGCAAAGGAGCACAUGGAGUGAAAAGCAAGGAGGCCUCUCGUAGGGUUUCUCCUCCACAUGAGGCUGGAGAUGGAGCAAAGCAAGAGGAUUCCCACUUUGAGGUAGAAGCUUCCUGUAGUUUCUCAUCUGUGAGAUCUAAGUGUGUCCAGCUCCUUCUUUCCGCCCUCUGCCCUGAACCUCCUGAUCAACACAAGGCUGCAGAUCUGGCUGCAGAUAUAGAAAAGCACGUCCAUGAGCUCCACACACCCAGCCAGGUGAGAUACAAAGCCUGUGUGAGGAGCAGGGUGGCCAACUUGAGGAAUCCCAAACACAAGCAUCUGCGUCAGGGCCUCCUGAGCGGCGCACUGUCCCCGGAGGUGUUUUCCCGGAUGUCUGCUGAGGAGAUGGCGGGCGCGGAGCUCCGGCAGCUGAGGGAGGAGUACUCGUGGAGGGGGGUGAGCGAGAGGCAGCUUCCUCAGGGAGUCGAAGGGACACAGACGCAGAAGAUAAGGUGCAAAAACUGUGGGGGGUCGGACUGUAGGGUGAGCCAGGUGUCCCGGGGGGCCCUGUUCCUGCCGGCGUGGGUGAGGCAGAGCAGCCCCGAUGACGACUCCAUGACCUUUGUGACCUGCAGCGGCUGUGGGCAGCAGUGGUACCACAGCGGCUGGGUCUGCCUCUGAAUACACACAAACAAAGGACAGAGCAUUUUUGCAUGUUUGAGCAGAUACUUGAGAUUUAAAUAAGACUUUUUUAAAUAUGCGUUCUUUAUUUCAUGUGCAUUCACCAGUUACUCCAUUAUGAAAAGCCCAAACAUUGCCUAAUGCAGCUGCAGAGUAAAACCACAGCUUUUAAAUAAGUUGCUCCAUCAUCUUCCUCCCGCUAAAUCAGUUCCUGCCUCCUGCACUUAAUCUACUUAAUCAUUUAAAUGCUUUUCCUGAAUCCUCUUUCUCACGUGAACAAUUUAUUGCCAGGGUAAUGAUGUAAAUCCACUUUGGUAAGACCUCUGACCUCACUAAUGUGUCGUUUUCUGAUGUUAAGGUACUCAGCUGCUCCUAGUGUAAGUAAUUACAUUCACGCCCCUCAAUUCCUAUAAUAUCCCAUUCAUUGGAGCUGCACUGGACGAGACAUGUGAUCUUAGAAACACUUGGGCGUGUGAGUCAGUAAUCCCCCUCCCUUCCCCCAUAUCCCAUGAUCCUUCACUUCAUGAUGUGGCACAAUGACUAGUUUACACGUCAUCGUACAAAACAAUCUGAAUACUUUCAUAAAUAUCACUUUUUAAAGUAGAAGUAGCUGUAUCUGUAUCUCUAUCUUGUAUCUGAAGCUGGCUUUUAAAAGCUAAAUUAGGCAUGUCCGAAGAUAAACCCCUAAUUCUCACGGUUCUCAUGCGGCUGUAUUAUCUUGCCAGUUGUUGUUCGGUA